AUUAAUUCAUGUUUCCUUGCAAUCGUUAUAAAAACCCACUACACUUUUAAUGAGAUUUAGUCAAUGAGAAUUAUAUGCCAGGAUGAAUUGUAUGGAUAUUUUUUGUCAGGUGACGUUAACAAGUCAAUGUCACAAGGCAGCCGCCUCUUCCCUUUCGAUGCUCCCUCCAGUUGGGAUCCGAACCCCCAGAGGCAGCAGCAGCCGCGCGGGGACAGACCAGAAGGGACGGCGGCUCGCAAACAGCGACAAGGUCCCACUGCGAGGCACCGCGCAUGCGCCCGCCCGCGGGAGGGUGAGCUGGCGGAAGGGAGAGCAGGCGGCUUCACCGCCACUACCACGCACGCUGCCCUUUCCCUCCUCCCCUCAGGUGCCCAUGGCGGCGAGUGAGGAGGAAACGGCUCAGCAGCAGAUUGAUGAAAUUGAAGCUCUUUCAUCUAUAUAUGGUGACGAUUGGUGUGUUGUUGAUGAAGAUGAAAAAAUCUACUGCAUUAAGAUUAAUGAUUGUCUGGAUCAACCGAAAUGGACCGUCUGCCUGCAGGUGAUUUUACCACCAGGAUAUCCAACUGCAGAGCCACCUAUUUAUCAACUAAAUGCCCCUUGGCUUCGAGGACAAGAUUAUAUGGAACUAGCAAAUAGCUUGGAAGAAAUAUAUGUACAGAACCUUGGUGAAAGUAUACUUUAUUUAUGGGUGGAGAAGAUUCGUGAAGUUCUGAUAGAAAAGGCACAGUCAUCAGAUCCAGAACCAGAUUUUAAGAAAACCAGUGAAGAAGUUGAUGAAGAUGAUGGAGAUGAUUUUCUCCUAGACUAUCAUCCUGUUCUGGAAGAUCCAAUUAAAAUGUUAAAUUACGUUACACCCGAAAGUCACGAAGUAGAUGAAGAGCUGCCACCCAUACAUCAUGGACACCCAAUCACUGAUCGAAGGAGUACUUUCCAGGCACACCUGGCUCCUGUGGUGACACCCAGACAAGUAAAGAGAGUUCUUGAAAAAUUGUAUGAGAAUAAGAAAAUUGCAAGUGCUACCCACAACAUAUACGCAUACAGAAUAUACUGUGAAGAUAAGCAGACAUUCUUACAGGAUUGUGAAGAUGAUGGGGAGACAGCAGCAGGUGGACGUCUUCUACAUCUUAUGCAGAUUUUGAAUGUCCAUAAUGUGUUAGUCGUGGUAUCCCGCUGGUAUGGAGGAAUUCUCUUAGGACCAGAUCGUUUUAAACAUAUCAACAAUUGUGCAAGAAAUAUACUUGUGGAGUACAACUACGUACAUUCAGCGGAAGAGUCGUCUAAACAAACAGGAAAGAGCAAAAAGAUAAGGAAGGACAACAAGAAGAGAACAGAACACUAAUUUUUUAAAACUAUAAAAAAUUAUUUUGCACAUAUUUAUAUAAAGAAAACAUGGACAUUAUUGUCAGAUAUUGGACAAUAAUUGGACAUCCGUAUGCGGUACAACAGACAUUUUGUAUUCAAAAGAGAAUUCAGUAAAGCUAUAGAUAUA